AUGAAAGGUUGUGUUGAAGUGUUUGACAGUGUGUAUAGCGAUCUUAGCCCUGAUACGAAUAUCCAGCUUUCCACAAUAUAUACGAACUUCACGAACAAUGAUGUUUUAGAAGUGGAAGUUGUCCCUGGCCAGCACCAGAGUGGAUCGGUGGAUUGUGGACUCUUCGCGAUUGCUUGGGCUUACGAAUUAGCCAACGGACACAGACCUGAACAUGUUAUGCUUGAACAGUCGAAGAUGCGAUCGCAUCUCUUGGCUUGCUUUCAGAAACAAAAGAUUAAUCGCUUUCCAGUAGCAAAUUAA